AUGUUUUCUCUACUCUCUGGUACCAACACUCCUCAGUCUUCUCGUGCUUCUCCUACUGGAAGCCCAUCUGAUCCCACGAUGAAUUUCGACAUAUCCGGACAACAUGCAGUUGCACCCGCAUCAGCACCCGCUCCUACACACCAACUCACCCAACGCCGCCGCCGAAUCGUAGUAGCUAUGACCGGAGCCACAGGAGCAAUUUUAGGAAUCAAGGUCCUCAUCGCACUUCGCCGUCUUAACAUCGAGACGCACCUUGUCAUGAGCAAAUGGGCCGAAGCCACGAUCAAAUACGAGACAGACUACCACCCAGCCAACGUCAAAGCCCUGGCUGACCACACCCACUCAAUCAACGACAUGGCCGCACCGAUCUCCAGUGGCUCAUUCAAAGCAGAUGGCAUGAUUGUCGUGCCGUGCAGCAUGAAAACGCUCGCAGCGAUUCACAGCGGAUUUUGCGAUGAUCUGAUCUCCCGCACUGCCGAUGUCAUGCUCAAAGAACGCCGCCGCCUUGUUCUCGUCGCUCGGGAGACCCCACUGAGUGAUAUUCAUUUGCGCAACAUGCUUGAGAUUACUCGGAGCGGGGCCAUUAUCUUUCCCCCCGUGCCGGCAUACUAUAUCCGAGCUGCCUCGGUGGAAGAUCUGGUGGAUCAGAGCGUCGGGCGCAUGCUGGACUUGUUCGAUUUGGACACGGGGGAUUUUUCAAGAUGGGAGGGGUGGCAGACGGAGAAAUGA